CAUCGGGAGCCUGAGGGACACGGCCACGGGCUCCGGCGUCCUGAGGGACACGGGCACUGCCACCCGCGGCAGGCCAUGGCUCCGAAAAAAAAGUCAAAGAAAGGAAAGGCAGCGAGGCUGAGAGCUGAAGCCCUGUUACGAGCUCAACAAGAAGAAGAAGCAAGACUUGAAAGGGAGAGACUGUAUCGAGAGCUCGUGGAAAGGCUUGAGGCAAAGUAUGAAGUAGAGAAGGAGUCUGAACUAGCCCAAUAUAAUUCACUUGCACAGAAGUUUCUUUCUGCAAAGCAGUGGAAAAUGGAUUACAGAGAACAAGCCAAGUGGGAGCACUACCUGAGCUGUGAUGGGGCUCCUGACCCCACUGUGCCUCAGGAAAUCAACACUUUCAUGAGCUUGUGGCGUGAUGAGCAAGAUCAGGAUGUUCAGCUUGUGAUGGAGAAGGGGGAAGUGGUGCUGCAUUUGAUUGAGAAGUUGCAGUUUCUUCUGCUGGAGACAGCACCAGAGGACAUCACAGACGAAAAACAAGAGCAGUACCUGCAAGUUAUUCUGCAAUUGCAGGAUCUCCUUCACCAGAAAUACAACGAUGCUACCCAGAGCCUGCUCAAAAUAGCUAGUAUGUAUGAAGAUUCUGAAAGUGGAAAUAUGCACACAGUCCUAAAGGAUAUAAAUGUUACUUUCUGUCUUUGGGCCAAUCUGAAGAUGAAAGUAAGGUACAAGGACCACGUGUUCCAGGAGGCGGGGCACGCCUUUGAGCUGCCCAUGUCCCUGGCUCUGAGCAGCGUGGCCGUUCGCGUGCUCUACACCCGCUACGACCACGUGUCCCCCCUGUGGGUGCAGUGCCAGGGGCUGCCGAGGCAGGAGGGCCCCGCCACCCUGGAGUCAGCUGAGCAGCCGCAGGACACUGGGCAAGGAUCAGGAGAGGAGGAGGAGGAGGAAGGCUCGGAAGAACCCAGCGUGCCUGCUGCAGAGAAAACGGGUUCUAAGGGCAGAAAGAAGAGUUCUGCCUCACUGAAGGAGACCAGCAAUAACAAAGAUGAUAUAAAGGAGACACAGGAGGAAACUGAGAAGAAUUCAGAAAAUUUGGAGGAGCCAUCACAAGAGGAGGAGGCCCCGCUGCAGGAGGAGCCGGGAGGCGGAGAAGAGGCGCCGCGAGUUGUGGAUUUGGAGCAGCUGGUGCCCGUGGGGGGCGUGUUCCACAUCUCUGUCCUGCGGCUGCCGCCCCAGGCCCAGGACGUCGGGGACUGGAUCAUGGUGGAGCUGCUGGAUGUUGGACUGGAGGAGUAUCCAUAUUCCCCAGGAAAGGCUGAAGAUGGCACACAGGAAGCAGUACAGAUCACCCUGAGGCUCCCUGAUAAUGUGAUUUAUUUUGAAGUGCCUGUGCUAGCCCGAUGGGAUCCUGCAGGUGAGUGAACAUCUGACAGCAGGUUCUGCCAAAGGCAGCCAUUGGUCUCUUUUGAUGUUCGAUGGUGAGAAAGUGCAACACCUCAAGCUCACUGAAACCAGUGAAGCUUUUUCAGAAGAGGUGCAAGAAGAGUCUGAAUUUCACUCCACACUCUACCAUAUGGUCAAGGAGUUUGCCAGCAGUGAAGCCAUGGAAAAAGUGGAAAGAGCUGGCUGCAUGUUCAUUGAUUCUGUGUAUCAGCUGCUCCUUGCUACCAGAGUCUUAGCAUUCUCUUAAAUGCUGCAUGCUUUCCAUCAAAAGUUUUCAAUAAAGUUACAUUUCAAGUCUUAAAUCCUUUUCUAGUCAAAACAUUGAAACAGGUUCUAAAAUGCAAACAUUUUAUCUUUGUUCAAGCAAAAUAAAUUCUUUUUUCACUUGUGGCUAA